AUGGUGGGGAGACAGCCAGUGGGUGUCGGUGUGUUAACGAACCACGAAGGGUUAUACCCAGGAGAUGAAGCCUUCGAUCCGCUCUGGGAGUUUCUCCAGGAAAGAGCUGGGAAAGAUGGGGGAAAUGGUAAAGAGGUGGUCUUCGUGCAUCCCACGGAGCCCAUCCUCAAGCUCGACGAUGGCCGGUUAAUAAAUUCCCGACCAUCACCCCUGCGCUCCGGCCUCGGGGAAUUCUACUUCGAAACCGCCCGCGCAAUUUCUAGUCUAACAGCCUCCUCCACCAUCCUCACCUAUCCCUCUCUCCACUUUCGCAUCUCCCACGGCGCAGGCGCUUUCCCCGAUAUCUCCGAGCGCUUCCUCCUUGGCUUCCCCAACAUCUCCUCCGCAGCCAGGGAAGCAUACAAAUCCCGCUUUUGGUACGAUAGUGCAGGUCCUGUGUGGCCGAACCAGAUCAAAGGAUUGACGGACGGGAUGGGUAUUUCGAUUCGUCAGAUGGUGUUUGGGACGGAUUACCCGUAUGGGAUUGGGUUUUGGAACGUGGAUGACAAUAUCAAUGGAUUGGCUUGGUCGGGGGAGUUGGGACUCGAGGAGAAGGAGAUGGUAUUUUGGGAGAAUGCGAGGGAGCUGUGGAGAGGGAAGAUUGGGGUGUUGGAUCGGAUGGAGAAGUAG